AUGAGUAGUAACACUGUAUCGAAACGAUUAUCUGUACAUGAACUUUGCGAAUCAGAUAAACUUCCAUUAAUUCAACAUUUUCGUCCCCAUAAUAAUUUUCAUGGUUUACUUGGUAAACCAGUGGCACUCAACUUUCAGUUAAACUUUCUUAAUGACAAGAAUCUAAAUCAACAAGAACAGACUCGCGAAAACACGUAUCAAAUGGUGAUACCGAAACAAAUCGACGGUAUAACAACAUCAAAUCGAAUAAUCGCAACAAAAACUUCUGAUAUUUCGCAAAUCAAUCCCAGUACCAAUUCUUGUUCUCCUCAAUCAACCACAACACACAUUCUAGAAUCAAUCGCCACUAUAUUCUCCGGCACAAAUGAACCUCAUAAUAACUGUGAAUUUUCACCGUACAACCAAGAACAAGAGUCUAUCGCCGAGCAAGAUUCCGCAUCCUCGCACGAAGAUACCCUUCACCCGACAGCACAAGUAUUACUUCAAGAUCGACGACAUCGUAAUCUUAUCGCAAGUAAAAAAUAUCGUGCAAAGAAACUGGCAUCAGAAAAAGCAAUGUACGAGAAAAUGACCAAUUUAACAAAGGAAAGAAUGUUAUUGACUAAAGAGAACGAAGCUUUGAAACUGGAGAAUGAAUCAUUAAAGGCAAUAAUUUCGCGAUUGAGUGAGCAACUGGUCGAACAACGGAUUGCCAAUCGACAGCUUGACAAUAAUAUUGGCACGUCUAACAAUAGCAUGGGAAUUAUCGCGGAAAAUGCGAAGCCAAAAGAUAAUAAACAUAGGUCAAAAAGGAAAAAAACUGAGCCAAGUGAUCACGGCAAGAAAAACAAUCCAAUCCGGGUGUGUGAUGAUUUCGAAUCUGAUUGA